AGACAAAAAAAACAAUUCCUUCAAAACUGUGCAAGGCAAAGAACGAGAAUGAGAAACAUGGUGAAAAAUUUCUCUAGUAAUAUUCCUAAACAAAAAACCAGGAAAAUUUGGAUGAAGAAGAGGAGCAAGCACUGGUGGAACACAAUUGUAAAGAGUGAAACUUUUGAUGAUCAAAUGGUGGAAAAUUUUCGAAUGGACAAACAAUCGUUUCAAUUCUUGUGUGAAAAACUUUCGCCAGCACUAUCUCCAUCUGCCAUCGUUGUUCGUGAGGCUAUUCCAGUAGACAUGAAAGUGGGAAUAGCGCUUUACAAGCUGGCAUCAUGUGCAGAGUACAGAGUUGUUGGGAAUCAGUUUGGCGUUCAUAAAUCAACCGUGAAAAAAUGCGUAUACGAAUUUUGCCGAGCCGUGGUAGAUGUUCUUUUAAAAGACGAAAUACAUCUGCCAGAUGAAAGUGAAUGUCUUUCCAUUAUUCGAGGAUUUGAAGAGAAGAGCGGUGUUCCCCAAAUUUUGGGAGCGAUUGAUGGUACUCAUGUACCCAUCAGACCUCCCCUGGACGGAGGUGCUGAUUAUAUCAAUAGAAAGGGAUGGCCAUCAAUGGUUUUGCAAGCAGUCGUUGAUUGCAAUUAUUUGUUUAUGGAUAUCACUUGUAAACAUCCUGGAUCCGUUCAUGAUGCAACGGUGCUAAAGGAUUCAUACCUGAGCAUCAAUAUUGAUAAAUUCAAAUUCCCCAAAGCAACAAUCAAUGGCGUAGAAAUGUCAGCCUUCUUCAUUGGGGAUCCUGCUUACCCACAACUACCCUGGCUUAUUAAAGGGUACACUGGCACUCUUGACCCGGUAGAAGACUCUUUUAAUGCUUAUUUAAAUAGAGCCAGGAUAGUUGUUGAGAAUGCUUUUGGACGCUUAAAGGGAAGAUGGAGAAUUCUUCAAAAACGUAUCGACAUUGAUGUUAAAUUUGUACCUCACAUUGUUGCGACUUGCUGUGUGCUACACAAUAUUCUGGAAAGAAGAAGAAGUCCAUACAGGGAAACUUGGAAUACGGAUACUAGCACCAUGAGUGACUUACUCACACAGCCAGCAUCCACGAAUAUUACAUCAACUUUACAAGGCGAUGAAAUAAGAAACCAUUUAAAAUUGUACAUGGCACAAAACUUCCCUUUAAUAAGAAGUAUAAAAUCAAAUGUUUAG